UCUUCCUCCACAACCGAUCGACUCCAAGCAGCUUGUUAUAAAGUACUGGUACUCCACUGGCUUUACGAUCGCUCUUGUUCUUUUCCCCUCUAUCUCGAACACAGUCAAAAUUACUUAAGAGGCAGACCAAAAUUGCUCAUAUUUCCAGGAGUACAGAGAGGCCAUGACCAUCACUCACAUGGAUCCGAUUCUCUAUGAUGCUGCAGCAAAAGGCAACAUCAUGGCUUUCAAAGAUGAAAACUUCAAACAGCCACUAGAAGCCUUAUUAACACCAAUCAAAAACACCGUUAUCCAUAUUUUCAUCACAAACCUCGAUCAUGGGAUAGAAUCAACAGAAAAUAACUUCGUGGGAGAUAUACUCAACAUGUGUCCUUUGCUUUUAUGUCAAGUCAAUGCCAAAGAUGAAACUCCAUUACAUAUCGCAGCAAGGUAUGGGCAUGUUGAUAUUGUUAAAGUUCUGAUUGAACAUGCGAGAUAUGCACAUCAUCAAGAUAUUGGAAGCGGGGCUGAUCAAGCAGUCAGGGAGAUGCUUAGGAUGGUGAACAAAAAGAAAGACACAGCCUUACAUGAGGCUGUACCUUAUAAUCACUUUGAAGUGAUAAAACUUUUAAUCAAGGAAGACCCAGAUUUUUCAUAUUCUGUUAAUGAUGCCGGGGAGACUCCACUCUACAUUGCCGUCGAGAAAAACUAUGAAAACUUGGUGUUGGAAAUUUUGAGCACCUGCAAUUCACCGGCUUAUGAAGGCCCCAACGGUAGAACGGCUUUGCAUGCUGCAGUAUUUUGGGAUAACAAAGUAACGAUCAAAGCAAUUUUGGAAAGAAUUGGAGGACCUAUAACUGAAAAAGCAGACAAACAAGGUUGGACUCCACUGCACUUGGCUGCAUACUCAGGUGGGUGGUGGUCUACACAGCUGUUGCUGGAACAUGAUUCACAAGUAGCAAACAUGAAAGAAGAAGAGGGGAGGACAGCUCUUCACAUUGCAGCUCAGCGUUGCAAUGUUCGGAUCAUAAAAAUGAUUAUAGCCAUGUGUCCAGAUUGUUGCUUACUGGUUGACAACAAAGACUGUAAUGUGUUUCACUUUGCGGAGUUGAGCAGGUUACCGGUUUUGACAGUGGGAGUGAUUCGUGAAAAUUCGUCAGCUCUCAGCAAUCUUCUGGACGAGAAGGACGCCGAAGGGAACACUCCUCCCCUAUAUUCCCGUUGUAUCGAGUACGCGAACGAGUAUCUCAAGAUGGAUCACCCUAGAGUAGAUAAGAUGCCUUCAAAAAAAUGA